AUGUACAGCUAUAUCCUAUACGGUGAUGUGAAUAAAAACAUUUCUUUUGAUAGCUGGUGGUGCUAUGCACAUGCUUAUCUCAUUCUCGUAGGACUUUCUUCAAUUUAUAUAUCGUAUUUUCUUCAAUCAUGUUUACGAUUCUUUCGAGUGGUUCUACAUCAAUGGAAACAAUUACGAACAUUUCAAAUGAUAGUAAAACUUAUCAUUGGACAAUGGGUAACAUCAUCUGUUCUUCUUACUUUUACACUAAUCUGGCACUACAUCGAAUAUUUACCAGACACUUAUCAUUGUCAGAUUGCACUCAAUAAUUUCCUAGGGAAUUUAUUAGCAAGUUUUAUCAUCGUUUCCAUCCCAACUAACGCUUCGGUGUUCAUCUAUAUUUACAUUGUCUAUUAUACAAAACAGCAAACAAACGUCAUCACAACACAACAAACUCGUUACAGAGCAAUUCAGCGUGACAUAGUCGUUCUUCGUCGUGUAAUUAUUCUAAUUACAUCGGUGAUGAUUCUUUCUUUACCAACUCUUAUUCUUUGGAUCUAUUAUCUUGUUACAGGUUUUCUCCUUCCAUUGAGUUAUCACGUUGAAUGGUUAUUAUGCUCGGUAUCAUUAGUAUUUUUAUCUGGUACAUCGACUUUCAUAACACCGCAGGUUCGUCAGCUGAUUCAUCUCAAUUGGAGACCAAAUCGACGUGUGCGACCGGCGAUAAUAAAUCGGACGCCUGAGUUAACGUAG